AUGGUCCGAAAGUUAAAACAUCACGAGCAAAAGCUGCUCAAAAAGGUCGACUUCGUCACGUACAAGGGCGACAACGACCACCGUGCAGCCGCCGUCUGCCGGCGGUACAUGAUUCAGAAGCCGUCCGACUACCACACGUACAACCAGAUCUGCGGGUCUCUGCGCAAGCUCGCGCACCGGCUCAGCCUGCUGCCGCCAGACAGCGAAGUGCGGCGGAAGCACGAGUCACUGCUGCUCGAGAAGCUGUACGACGUCGGCGUCCUGUCGACGCAGUCCAAGCUCUCAGCCGUCGAGCACGGCGCCACCGUCAGCGCCUUUGCGAGGAGGAGACUGCCCGUCGUCAUGACGAGGCUGCACAUGGCCGAGAACAUAUCGACCGCCACGAAGCUCAUCGAGCAGGGCCACGUGCGCGUCGGUGUCGACGUGGUCACGGACCCGGCCAUGCUCAUCACCAGGUCCAUGGAAGACUUUGUCACGUGGGCCGUGGGCAGCAAGAUCAAGAAGAAUAUCAUGAAGUACAAAGACAAGCUGGACGACUUUGAGCUUCUCUAA